GAUGUAUCUCAGCAUUCUCCCAUGGUUCUGUUUCGCGAUUGCCAUGCUGCAAAUCGGGCAUGGAGUUCUUCGUCACUUUGUCGUCUGCUUACCCGUGUCUGCUGACUGAUCAAGGAACAUUCGGCUCACGAUCCAUGCCUCCUCAACGCUAGCCAACUUACGGAUUCCUAAUCAAGCAUGUGCGAGCCCAUACUAUCAUCGAGCCAGACUUGGAACUUGCCGUGUCGCGUAGAUGAAAGGAUGGCCUUGUCGCACUUGCUCGUGCAUUCAACAGUAGCCGUCCCACCGUUGCGCCGCACUUCGGAUUCUUAUCUGAGUUCAAUCACUUGUCGGUAGUCACUCGAACCUGCCUCGACAUGCGGCAUGGGCGUGGAGUGAAAGAGCUUUCGCAUUCUCUUCACGCCCAGGAAGAGCGUUUAUCGUGUUUAUUGUUCAUCAUAUGCCUCAGAGAAGGCCCGAAUGCAUGCGUAGACCUGCUUGACAUGCCUUCUGGUCACGGUAUUAAACUAUAUGAGGCCAAAUUUGCCCGUCCAUAUCGGCGUAGUAUACACGCUACCGCCAUGAGACGCUAUGUCCAAUUCAGAUAGCUUCAACCGAUGCGCACGCCGACCGCCGCCGACCGCCGCGUAAAC